UGCAGCAAUUACAGCACCUGAGGAAAACAGUACUGUUGACAUGAAAAUCAGCUCUGGCUUGCCGUUUCUGGUGGUGUACUGCAUUCAGAGACUAUGCCAGACUCAGCCUUGUUCGCCAGGUUAUUUAUAUCACAAACAACAUCACUGCGUGGAUAUUAAUGAGUGUACAUGGCCACAAUGUGAUCCAUCUGCAAUAUGUCGCAACACAAUUGGGAGCUAUGAGUGUUACUGUGGUAAAGGGUUUAUCCGCAAUCCUGGGACCUCCAGCAUUGCAACAACUUGUAAAGAUGUGGAUGAGUGUGAGAAUGAAGAUGUGUGUGGCAAGAACGCAAUCUGCUAUAACUCCUUGGGGAGUUACCGCUGUAUCUGUCCGGCAGGAUUUCAGCCAGUGUCAGAACAAACACAAGGGACCUGUACAGUGCAACCUCUCAACUGUCCCAACCCAGAAAAGCCAAACAAUUCCACCCUUGAACAGCCAAACUGUGUGGGUGAUGAGUCUCGCCUCGUAAUGGAAUCAGCUCGCCACUUACUUGAUAAAGUCUGUCAGAAUUUCAGCAUCACAGACGAUAUCCAGGCCAUCGCAAACUUUACAAAUGGUCUCCUCAGUAGGAAUUCACGGCUACAGAACAUGACGACCACUCAACGGUUAAAUGUAGCAGCAACCAUCUUGGAUCUCUUAGAGAAUAUGGCAAUGGCUGUUGCAUUGACUUUGUCCAGAGGGGAAACAAAGUCAAUCUCAGAAGACUCUUUCGCUGGCAAGAUCCAGGUGUUUGGUAAUCAAAAUAUGCCAGGUGACUUGGCAAGAAUCGAGAUCCAGAAUAACACCAUGGAGAUAAACUGGAGAACGGUCAUGGGAGCAAAGAACUCUGAUGACUUGACACUCACCCAAAGUCCAAAUCACUUUGCUCCCCCAGACUUUGCUGCAGUCUCCUUCUUUGUAUUCAGCGACAUGGAAUCCAUUUUGAACAGCGAGAUCCAUAAAGAUGGCAUCAAGCAGUUGGAAGCAACUGAAGGAACAGGCUGGUUAAACUCCAAAGUGGUAACAGCCAGAAUCAGUAACAAAGCAGCCAGCCACAACCUGACAGAAAUGGUCAAUUUUACACUGAAACUCAACCAGGUUUGUAAGGGUGACUUUCAGGCUUGUCAUGCAACAGGAACUGCAAUGGUUCAAGAUGAACGAUUGGACAGCAUAGAGAGCUCUUUUACCUAUGUCUAA